AUGGCCCAUGGACUAGGGCUCCUGUUACCUCUGCUACUGGGGCAGCUCUGCUCCCAGCUUCUGGGAACGUCUGGGGAUAGCAUGCUGCACCACUUGGACCUGAGGGCAGAAAAUGGCAGCUGGGGACCCAAAGGAACACAGGAUAAUGCCUCAAUGGUGUCUGCUCACACACUCCUCUUCUCCCUGGAUUACCAGCAUGUGCAGAUUCCUUUUGAGAUCACACUCUGGCUUAUGUUAGCCUCUCUGGCAAAGAUAGGAUUUCACCUCUAUAAUAAGAUACCCACAGUUGUACCUGAAAGCUGCCUCCUGAUAUUUGUAGGCCUCAUCAUGGGAGGACUAAUGUACAGUUUAAAUGACAAAUCCCCACCAGUCAUGAACAGUGAUAUAUUUUUCUUGUAUUUACUUCCACCAAUAGUCCUUGAUGCAGGAUAUUUUAUGCCCAGUCGGCCAUUUUUUGAAAACAUAGGGACCAUUCUGUUGUAUGCUGUAGUUGGAACCACGUGGAAUGCAUUUGGAAUAGGCCUUUCCCUCUAUGGCAUGUGUCAGGUGAAGUACUUCAAGCUUCAAGAUGUGUCAUUGCUCCACAACCUUUGGUUUGGUAGUUUGAUUGCUGCAGUAGAUCCUGUAGCUGUACUCUCUGUAUUUGAAGAAAUUCAUGUGAAUGAAAAGCUUCAUAUUUUGGUGUUUGGAGAAUCUCUCCUUAAUGAUGCUGUUACUGUUGUGCUCUAUAAGCUGUUCAAAUCUUUCUCUGAAAUGCCAUCUAUCAAACCAUUGGAUAUUUUGGCUGGGAUGGGAAAGUUUUUUCUGGUUGGAAUAGGAGGCAUUUUCAUCGGGCUCCUGUUUGGCAUGGUUGUUGCCUUUACUACACGCUUUACAGAGACCAUCUAGGUCAUCGAACCACUCUUUGUUUUCUUAUAUAGUUAUCUCUCCUACCUGACAGCUGAAAUGUUCCAUCUCUCAGGGAUCAUGUUAAUUAUUGCCUGUGCUAUGAGCAUGAAACGCUAUGUGGAAGCCAACAUUUCUCAAAAGUCCCAUACCACUAUCAAGUACUUUAUGAAGAUGUGGAGUAGCAUUAGUGACACUCUUAUCUUCAUCUUCCUUGAAUGGAAUUGGCCUUACAUUUGUUUCACUGUCAUUUUCUGUCUUAUAUGGAGAGCAUUAGGAGUUCUUGUGCUGACUUUCUUCGUGAACAAAUGUCAUGUGAAUACAGUCACCAGAAAGGACCAAUUUAUUAUAGCCUAUGGAGGACUGAGGGGAGCAAUCUGUUUCUCCCUUGUUUUUCUACUCCCAGAGUUUUCCAGAAAGAAGCUCUUCAUCGCAGCAACCACAGUUGUUAUCCUCUUUACUGUUAUUGUUCAGGGGAUGACCAUUCGUCCUCUUGUUGACUUAUUAGAUGUGACAAGAAGAAGAGAGACCUCUCCAACUGUGAGCGAACAAAUUCUCAUUCGGUUUUUUGAUCAUUUGCUGGCAGGCAUAGAAGACAUAUCAGGACACUGGGGGCAAUAUUACUGGAAAGACAAAUUGGAGUAUUUCAACAGCAAGUAUCUGCAGAAGAUUUUGCUCAGAGAAUAUGACCAGCCCAAAUCAAGCAUUGUGCUUCUUUAUGAAAAGCUUGAAAGAAAACAUGCCAUUGAACUAGCAGAAGCAGGCCAGUUAAUACACACACCAUCUAGUAUACCUUUGCUGUAA